CUGUCGUAAGGAGUGUCUGUGUGUGGCGGUUCUUAUUUUUAGGAAGAUAUUAUUUCGUGUGUCAAAUAUCCUCAACGCAUAUCGCGCGGCCCUUCAAGCGGACCAUGAGGCUGCUGCGUCUGCUUGCUCUGUGCUUGGGCGUCUUCCUGUCGGCGGCCGAUGCCAACGGACCCCGAGGAUGUGUCAUCACGGAAAUGAACAAUAAUACUGUGGAACUAAAAGAUGAAACAAGAAAACCCUUCUACCUGUGGCCUGGUUCCUCUCUGUCUUCUCUAUCCUUCGCACUGUUUUUAAAUGCCACUGGAGAUGAGGAAGUAGUCGAGACAGUCAAUUUGAAGAAUGAGACUCGGCUUCUUCCUGAGGAAUGGAACAAGAUAGAAUUCUCAACCACAAAGACAAAUGACAGGAGCUUUCCAAGUGUGUCCAUCCCGGCUAUCAAUGUGACUCGAAUCCUACGAAACUGCUCAAAUUGUUCACUGAAAGAGCUACAAAUAAAAGUAGAAGGGAGGGCCAUGCUUGCCUUUAAUUGUUCAAACAACACCAAACCUACAUCUUUCUUCGCUGACCAUCGUAAGGAUGCAGUCUCUGCAGAGGUGACACUGCCCUCAGAAACACAACGAAGGUCCCGUGCGUCAAAUGAUGCUUGGCGAAUCAGUUUGCUGCUGCUUCUGCCGAUCUGUUUCCUGUCGGUCCUGCGCAACAUUUGGACCUCCGUGAGGCGCGGCAGGCGGAGCGCAGGAGAGACAGCCCGCCGCCAGGAGGACGACCUGCCCUUGGUCUCUCUCGGGGCCCAGGACCUGCCCCCACCCGUGCCGCCCUGCCCUCUCGAAUUCCCUGAAGAAGCCGUGAGGAGGGAGCGAGGCAUGAGGGGGCACCGCCAUGCCCCUCAGUCGACAGAGGGUGAACAUGUGUAUGAGGAAGUUCCGGUGGGCGCGGCAGAGGCGGCCACUUCGUACGAGAGCGUGAAUAGCAUUUACGACGCCCUUCCGUAG